UGCCGUAUAAAACAGAAGAGCCAGAUUGUCACAAAACUCUACGUAAAAGGAUUGGCGCGUGAGAGAGGAGAGGAGACGAACCAGACAUGAAUAGAGCUACUAAAACCCACAUGACCUCUCCCAUGUUUUUCCCUGGCAUGGGUAUGGCCCCUUUUUUCAAGGUGACUGUGUUUGAGCAGGAGCACUUCCAGGGCAAGUGCCAGGAGUUUACCUCUGAGUGCUGUAACAUCCAGAACUGUGGUCUGGACAACAUCCGUUCUAUCAGAGUGGAGAGUGGAGCCUGGGUGGGCUUUGAGCAUCAUGACUUCCAGGGCCAGCAGUUCAUCCUGGAGAGAGGAGAGUACCCCCACUGGGACGCCUACAGCGGCUCCCUGUCCUACCACGUGGAGCGCCUCAUGUCCCUGCGCCCCAUCUACUGCGCUGUGAGGACU